AUGUACGCUUUACAUCAACAGCUGAGAACGCAACAUCAGUUUGAUUGGCUUCAGCUUCUCAAACAGGCGGGCUCUUACAGUGAGCUGAUCAAGUCCACCCAAGAUAGCCCUAACCAAGAAGCUCAUCUGAUCAAAAUUGUUGCGAUAUUUGCGCCAUCGACAUUGGCGGCCUAUCUCAAGAGCUGGUCACUGUGGGUUGAGUUUUGUCACUGCCAUCAGGUAUGCCCUUACAGCCCACCUACGGUAUUCCUCGCAGACUUCCUUCAAGUUUCUUCGAAGAGGAGCUCACUUGGAGUUGCCACUGCCCAAUCUCGAGCGUUAACGUGGGUUGCGAAGUAUGCUGGCUUCCAGGCACUUUUGAGUGCUAUACAGGCACCAAUCACACGUGCCUACACCAUCCCCUCUGAGAUAUCAGUCAGGAAAGAAGCUGCCCCAUUGCCGUUGAGCUUUGUGGUGUAUCUUGAGUCUUGUAUACUCAAGGAACUGGGAACAGCUGCAGACAGGUUGCUGAUGGGCUCACUGCUUGUUCUGAUCUGGUCAUCUCUGAGGUGGAGUGACGCACUUUGGGUCACCCCAAGCGCAUUGACAGAGGACGUUGAUGUCAUCAGAGGUAUUGCAGCAAGAACGAAAACGACCUCGCGCGGAAUGCCCUUCGCGUUCGUCAAGUCAGGGCUCUUGGCAACAUCUGCGCAAGUCACAUGGUCCACGAAGUGGCUCAACUUGGUGCGACAAGCACUGCAGCGCACAUCGGAGAUUUUUCCUGAUUUCACUCCGGACUUUUUGAUUCCAAUGUGUGGUCCUAGUGUGGACCAUCCUAUGUUCACUGCACCCAUGCCUAGGGCCCAUGGAGUUCUUUUGCUGCGACGUCUCCUUCUUGAAGCCAACAAGGAUGCCUCUGUCCUCAGCAUUGGUGUGCAUUCACCCAAAGUUACAUUGCUUAGUUGGGCACGUCAAAUUGGAGCAUCGGAAGAAGCCAGAAUGGCACAGGGACAUCAUCGUCAAUCAGGUGCUCGAUCCAACGUUGCCUUGUAUGGUCGCGACGAUGUUCACCCGGCAGUACAGCUACAGCACCAGAUCAUCCAGCGCAUUGCGUCAGGUUUUCGACCAGUGAUUCCCCUCCUACGCGGUGGAGCAAAACCAGUCCUGGACAAACCAGUAUCAGUAGCUCCCCCUACAGAGGAUGCCACACCACUGGCUCAGACACAAUUGUGCCUCCCCCACUCUGAUGAUUUGGCGGAUACUGAUUCUGGCGAGUCUGAAACUGGAUUGGCUCCUGAUGUUCAGGAUGAGAUGGAGGUUCCAGUGAUUCAAGCUGCGUCGGCUGACUGCCUCUUCCUUUUGAAUACAGCAUCAACCAUCGCCCACGUGGCCGCCGUAUGUGAUGAAUCUGAUCCUUACCGGGUGGUGACAGUGGAUGCUGGUGAAGUGCGAAAAUCUUUCAAGUUUGCGUGCAAUGUCCGUCGCGCGGCCUGGGAUGCUGAGAUUGUUCCAGCUGAAACAUUCCCAGCCAAAUUUAGGUGCCAGCUCAUCACAAUGACUGACUUUGCCAAGUUAGAGGCUAUGGUCGACUCAGCGCUUCCCUUCGUCAGGGAUUGGGCAUCUGAUGAGCAUCGACGGGCGCACCUUGAGAUUUGCCUGGCAGGAUGUGCUGCAGUUGCACGGCACUUAGCAUCCAGGUUCCACUGGACGCUCAUUUCGGUCCUCUGCUCCCUGGCCGCCAAAGUGCUGAUCACCCAGGAGGAAGCCCAAUCUGAUUUGGCUCCAUCCGGAUGGAUCACCGACAGGACGCAUCCCUGCUCGGUUGUGACCUUCACUUUAUCUCUGCCAGUUGAGCAGGCGCAUCUUUUGGUCUUCCAGCUCUCAGGGGCUCUUUCAGUGGUCACUGAGUGGGGCCAAUCCCGCUCACCACUUUUGACCCCAGAAGACCACCUGGUGUUUAGGCACCUCCGAUCGAUGCUGUUCGAUUUGAUUACGGCAGCGCGUCUCGGAGCUGGAGGUCGAGCCACAGACCAAUUGAUGGAUGAGCUGCCAAAUUUUGGUCAGCCUGCUCCGCAAGAGUGA